UACGGUGCUUUUCUAUGCCCAAAGUGCAGGCAAGUGCAGCCUGGAAUAAUCACAAGCAGAAUCGACGACAGARGAAAGAGGAUUUUUCUAUUACAAAUAUGCCGCUCUUUGCCCGUAAAUCGUCGAAAAGCUCCGAUCACAGUGAUGUCAGUCAGGAUAGCAAAGGACGUAGCAAAUCCUACGAUUCCCAUACACAGAAUAACAACAACAAUCAUCAGAAUAAUAACAAUGAUGUGGACAAGAAGCCGCCGUUGAUCUUCCAUUGCCAAUUAGCACAUGGAAGUCCGACGGGGUUGAUCACUGGCUUCGCAAGCGUCCGAGAGCUGUACAAAAAGAUAGCCGAAUGCUUUGAUAUAUCCGAAGAUGAAAUUUUAUUCUGUACUCUCAAUUCGCAUAAGGUGGACAUGACACGUCUGCUGGGCGGACAGAUUGGUCUAGAUGAUUUUAUAUUUGCCCAUCGCAAGGGCCGGGCCAAAGAGAUUGAGAUAGUCAAGACACAGGAUGCUUUGGGUCUGACCAUCACAGACAAUGGGGCUGGCUAUGCGUUCAUUAAGCGCAUCAAGGAGGAUUCGAUUAUCGAUCGCAUCGAGCACAUCUCGGUGGGAGAUCAUAUCGAGAAGCUGAACGGAGUGAAUAUGGUGGGCAAACGGCAUUAUGAGGUGGCACGCAUGCUGAAGGACAUUGCGACGGGUGAGACGUUCACGUUGCGUCUGGUCGAGCCGGUGCGCAGCGGUUUCCAGGGUAUCGGACCGCGUAGCCAAUCGCGUGCAUCUGGUUCGGCACCUGGACUCAAUGGCGGUCGCAAUUAUGGUUCCGGCAAGGAAACAUUACGCUUCAAGGCCAAUGGCAAUGCACAGAUCGAGCCGAAAUUCGACGAGGCCACCAAAGCGGGCGUCGAAGCCAUCAAUGGAUUGCUGGAAUCCUUUAUGGGCAUCAAUGAUACGGAGCUGGCGUCACAGAUCUGGGAGCUGGGUGACAACAAAUCGAAUUCGAUGGACUUUGCGGAAGCUGUCGAUAAUUCCGAUUUAGAAUCUUUUGGUUUUACCGAUGAUUUCAUUAUCGAACUCUGGGGUGCUAUAACGGAUGCGCGUCGUAAAGGCAAAUAGAAACUAAGCAGAUCCCAAGCGAUCAUCAGUAAUUACAACAAUAACGACAACAA